CUCACAUGGCUGCGGCCUGUUACUGAGUGGAAGACAACAGGAAGCCCUGGAUUUGGAGUUCUAUUGGGGGUUUUGUUUUACUUGUUUUGUUUCUUUUCGUUUUGUCUUAAGAAGAUGAACCGUGAAACCACAACCCUGAUAUCCUUAAAGGAGACAAUGACAAGAGUAGACCACAAACUUCAAGCUUUAGAAGCACAGUUUAAAGAACUGGACUUUACCAAGGAUAACCUGGCACAGAAAUUUGAACAUCAUAGCAAGACUUUGGCAAACCAAGUAGCUCAAGACGAACUAUGGACAGCAGUUCUGUCACUCAAGUUCACCCCAAUGGAAUUGAAUAUUUUAUACAGCUAUGUCAUUGAAGUCCUCAUUUGCUUGCACACCCGUGUACUUGAGGAGCUGCCAGACCUGGUGAGAGGUCUUCCCACCUUCACCUCCAUCCUUAGACGAAAAGUCAAGAACAAGCGCAUUAGAGUUGUGUGGGAGUCUGUCCUGGCGGAGUGUGGGCUGCAAGAAGGAGACAUCACAGCACUUUGUACCUUCUUUGUAGCACAUGGUAACAAGGCAGAACACUAUAUUGCUAAAGUAAGGCAGAUGUAUAUAAGGGAUGUCAAUUUUUUGAUCACUAACAUGGUAAAGAACCAAGCUCUGCAGGAUGGUUUGCUGAAGGCUGUUCAGGUCAUUGAGAAGGGGAAAGCAGUGAGGGGUCCCGAAGAGCAGAAGUCAUCCCUCAAAGAGUUGAUGCCAACUGUCAAAAGCUAAUCUGUUACUCUAGACCCAGAGAUUCCACUUCAAGUUUUUGCUCUUGCAAAUGGGGGGAAAAAAAAAAUAUAUAUAUAUAUAUAUAUACACACACAAUUUAGUACAGGCUUAUUUUUACAGCAAAAGUGAGGGGAGUAUUAAAUUGUGAUGUACUGAUGCAAUGGAUACUUUCUGUGGAGUAAUUUAAGAGAAUGAAGAAGUUCUUCAUGUAAUUGUAUAGUAGUAUGGAGUUAUCACCAAGAUGUGUUGUUUGAAAAUAUUUAUCUCCAAUGUAUAUUUUUAAAAUGGAAAAAAGGCAAAAACAAAUAUACAGGUUAAUAUAUCUAUAAAUGUCAUAAACUUUUUCUGGAGAAAUACAUUAAAAAGUGAUAACAGAAUUCCCAUUGUGGCUCA